UAAUAAAAAAUAAUAAAAUUAUCAAAACAAUGAAAGUAGAUGAAACAUGGAUUACAGUAGCCUAUAUUUUAGGAAGAGGUGAAUUUACAUUAAUAAGAGAUUAUGCUAAAAAUAUUUAUGGUUUAUAAUAUCCGACUAAUUCUUAUCCUUCCACAGAAUAUUAAUAACCUAAACCGUAUUUAGCAUAAUGCACUUUAACAAAUGAAAAUGAUUUCCAUUCAUUAAUAGUAGGUAUAACAGGUAUUAUAAGUAGUAGAUUAAGUAAUAUUAAACCUACUCAAGUUUUAUAUAAUAUAUAUAAGAAUAUAUCUAUGAAAAUGAAAAAAGAUUAAUAAUAGAAAUAUGAUGAAUCUUUAAAUAAUAUAGAUAAAUUAAAAAAAGGUAAUACAUUAGAUUAUGCUAUAUAUUAAUUGACAAAAAGUACUUAUUUAAGUCCUAUGUGGACAUUAUUAAUAUUAGGAGAUUUUAAUACUUGGGAAUAUUUAGCUUAGACUCAUUUUAUGAUUAAUAAUAGCAAAAUAACAUAUUUAAAUCCUAUAAAAGCAUUAGUUUUGAUAAUUAACUUUUUGAAUUUCCCUACUAUCUUAAAAGAAGUUACUGUAAAUAAUGAAUACAUAAUGAUUUUGAAAGUAAUAAGGGAAAGUUUUUUAGAUUCUUAAAAAAUUAUUAAUAAAAAUUCUAAAAAGAAAAAUAUUAAUACUGAUAUAGAUAUAAAAAAUGAAGAAGAUAAUAAAAAUGAAGAAAAAAAAAAUGAAGAAGAGCAAGAAAAAGAAAUAGAAUAAGAAGAAAAAAAAUAAUAAAUUGAAGAUGAUCUUUUGCAAUAUUUAACAGAAAAAUUAUGCCCUGAUAUAUAAAAAAGAUAAUUAGAAAUUUUAGAUAGUUUUGAAAUAUAUGAUCCUAUGAAAUUAAAUGAAAUGGCUAGAAAUGUUAAUUUCCCUACUAAUAUUAUUUAAAUGUUAGUAUAAUACUAUAACCAAUAUACAAAAAAAGAGCUAGAAUAAAAAAAAUAAAAAUAAAAAGGUAGAAAAGAGAAAGAAUAAGAAUAAAAAGAAUAUUAAGAAGGAAAUUAAUAAGAAAUUAAAUAUUUAUUAACUGAUGAGAUUCUAUUAUAAGUUAUGAUAGAAAAUGAUUUACAAAAUUAAAAUGAAUAUGAACAAAUAUAUGAUAUUAUUAUUAAAGUAUUUAAAUAAAUAAAUACGUAUUUUUAUACAGAUCCUAGAAUAGAGAAAAACGAUUAAAUAUAUGAAUAUAUAAAAUACAAUAAUAAACAGAAAAAAUUCAAAUUUACAUAAUAAAAUUGUAAUUUUGUAAUGAAUUAAAAUCCUAUAAUGUAGCUAAAUGUAUUAACUUCGUUAUACUAACUAAAAAGAUGUUAUUGGGAUAUAUUUGGGUAUGCAGAUAGAGAAGAUGAUCAUUCUAAAUAAGUUUCAUUUUUAAUAGACUUUUUAUUAUCCACAAUUGAAAAAUAUUACUUUUAUGAUGAUAUGAUAGAUUAUUUUUCUAAAUUUCGACUUAUAUAAAUUAUAGGUUUAGCAUGUGGAUUCACAUUAACUACAGAUGAUAUAUUAAGAUCUAACCCAACAGAAAGUUUAUAUAAUUAUAAUUAUUAAUAAGUAAUGGUAUAAUUAUAUGAAUGGUGUUAAGAUAAAAAUAUAAAUGAUAAAUUAUCUUUAGAAAGCAACAAAAGUAAAAUCGCCAUAUAAAAAUUCAAACUAAAAUAAAACUACUACUUUGAAUUAUUAGCUAAAGAUAUUAUUUCUACAUAUGACUAAUAUGGUAGUAUGUCUAAAAAGCUUGGAUUUUUCAAAGACUUUUUAGAUGAGGAUAUUAUUACUUGUAUAUAAAAUAAUACUAUGGAAUAUUUAAUUGAUAAUUUUGAGGAUUAUAUAGACUCUUAUGUUUCUUAUUAAUAUUAAGAAUUUAAAAUAUUUUAUGAUCUUUAAGACUCAACAUAAUUUUUGAAUUAUAGAAAAAGAGAAGGAUAUUAUGAUAAUUAUGAUUUGGAAUAAACAGAUUUUUAAUGUGGGGCUAAAAACAAAGAUGUAAUAAAUUAAUAAGAUAAAUUCCAAGAAAUGACUUAAAAUGAUAAUUUUGUACUUUUAGUUGAUAUUUUUAGAGAAAACUAUCAAGCUUUAAAUAUGCACGAAUUUUUUAUGGAAAAUUACUCUUAAGAAUGUAAUUUCUAUUUUGGUGUACUAUUAUUAAAUGGAGCUAUUUUAUAAGAUAGAGGUGAAAUAUAAUUUGAUAAUAUGAUAAGUUGUUUAUCUGCAAGUACUUAAUUUAUGGUUAGUAAUAAAAAAGUUCUCGCCGAAAUUCUAUGUUUAUAUUUAUCAUCUAUAUAUUAGCCUUUCUAGGCUUUACUAGAUGAAACAUGUUCUGAAGGAAAAGAUAAAAUUCUCCAUAGUUUUAUUUCUUUAGCUAUGGAUAAAUCACUAGAUCCUAAAAGUGAUCUUGACAGAAUUCUUUCGAUUUCUAAUUUAACGGAUAUUAAUAGACAUGUCGUUUAAAAUAUUAAAUUGUUCUAUGAAGGAAAUAUGAACGAAUGUUUGAAAUUAGUUUAAUAUUCUGAAGUAUUUUAAUAUUGUCCUACUGCUUUAUAAUAUUUAUAAAAAUUCCUUUGGUCAUUCGAAAAACCUAAGGACAUUUCCAUAUUAAAAAAUAUUUAAUUAACUAAUGCUUUGACUGAAUUAAACGAAUCUUUAAUGAAAAAAGGUUAUAAAGAACAACUUAAUGACGAAGAAUAACUAAAAAGAAAAGAAAAAUUUAUUUCUGUUGUUUUUAUUGAUUCUAUAUUUAGUAUCGACUCUAGUAUUUUGAAUGUAGAAAUAGAAGAAAAGCCUAAAUAAUCUCAUAAAAAUAAAAACUAAAUUUUUAAUUCGAAAAUAACUAGUGUAAAAUAAACUAAUUAAAUAGGAUAUACAAUGAGUUAAAUUCUACAAAAUUAAAAAUAACAAGGUUUAAACAAAACUCAAAAAAAUCAACUUUCUAAAGAAAUAGAAGAUAUAAUAAUUAUAGUUGCCAAAGACAUAUUUAAUGCAAAUGAAUCAAUUCUUUCAUUAAUUCAUGCCUUAUUUUAUUUAAUUACAAACCAAAAACCUGAAAUUCUCAAGCAUAACACUAUUUCAAGUACAUAAGAUUCUAUUAGAGUUUUAAUUUAAUUCGCCUUCGAAAAUGAAGACUUGAAAUAAUUCUUUUUCGGAAAAGCCUCUAAAUCAGACGAUGGAGCAUAAAUCGAGAAAAUGAUUUCAAAUAUAUUUAUUUUACUCUAAUCUAUAUUUGAAAGACCUUAAUAAAGUUUAAACGACCCAUAUGUAGUCCAAGAAGUCAUGAAAUUAUUAAAAUAUAUAAGCAAAGGUUAAAUAGACUGUACUAUUAUUGAAGAUAUAAUAUCAAUAGUAUAAGGCGAUUAUUAAAAGAUUUUCGUUGUGAUUAAAAAGUUCGAUAUUUUAGAUUAAAAUAAAAUAAACUUGAUUAAUAAAAUUUAUGAUUAAGUUUCUUCUAUGGGUGUUUUUUAAGAUAAAGAUAAAUUAACAAAUAUUGGGAAAUAAUCAUAAGCCCCACUUUCUGAUAAAAUGAAGGAUUUAAUAAAAAAAUUAAAAGAAGGAAAAGUUUAAAUUGCUGAUAUAUUUUAUGCAGUUGAUAAAGAAGGAGAUGGAAAUGGCUCCAUUUCAAAAGAUGAAUUUAGCAAUUUUAUUAAAAGAUUAGGUAUGGAAUUAACAAUUCACAGAAUAAAUGAAAUAUUUGCAGCUAUAAAAAAUAAUAAAAAAAGUAAACAUAAAAUGAUAUAAAACGAGCUAAAUGAAGAUUCUUUAAAUCAAGAUGAAUUCGAAUAAGCAUUUAAAUAUUUAAAUGAUAAAAAAACGUCAAUGACAUUAGAAAAACUAGGAAUUUCUCCUGCUUUGUUAGCUAUAGCUUUAGGAACUUUAAUUAUUAUUUUAAUUUUGUUGUUAGUUUUCAUUUUCCUUGGAAUUAGUGCCUUUGCUCUAGGUGGUACUUUUGGAGCUAUUAUUAAUUCAAUUAUUCCUAUGUCAGCAGCAGGUGGGGCUGCUAGCUCAUAGGAAGAUAAAACAAAAUAAUUAAAGGAAGAUAAUUUGAAAGAUGCAGUAAACGAAACAUAAGAAAUUUUACAUUCAAAUUAACUUUGA